CCAUAAUCUCAUUCUCAUCUCUCGGGCCGUCUCCAGUCAAAUUCGCGAUCGCCAGCUGCCGUCUGCUUUUUCCUCAUUCUCCUCUCAAAAUCACGAAAGAUUUUCUGGUGCGAGAGCCUAGGGUUCGCCGCUCAGGCCUGCUAAUCCUCCCUAGUUCUAUUUCGAGCCGAACACGAGAUAUUAUUCUAGCCGCACAAGAGCACACGAUUUCGAUCACGAACACAAGCGAUUACGAGCCUAUAUCGAACGAGCGGAAUACGAGUCAUCGUUCACAGCCCUACUGCCCUCUCAUCCUUCUCCCGGUUACCCUUCCUCCUGUCGUGGCCGAAACCCUCGCGAUACAGUCGUGUCUAGAACUAGGCGGGAAGACAGGGACCGGAUUACAGCGUACAAAGACCGCCAAAACCCCCAUCUUUCUCGUCCAUCCGCUUGGCUUCUACCCGAAACCAUUGAGGAACCCUUCACGAAACCAUUAAGGGAUUUACUAAAUCCAGGAUUUAAGGCAAAACGGAGGAGAAACGGUAUUGAAGAUCCUGCACUAUUUAGGUUAAAUUCUUCUCAAAUCCUUCAACGAAACAGCCCCUUACAGUUUCUAAAAGUAUGGCAAUGGAAGAUGAUUCAAUUGAUCAAUCAACUAGCACUCGCCGUGAGAGGCUAAGGGCUCUGAGAGCAGCUAAGGAGUACGCCAGCAUGCCUGAUGUUGAUGGGGAUGCUAAUCAGAAUAAUGGCCUAGAAGCAGAAUUCAUGGCUGAUGUCCAUGAAGAAAACUCUUACCUUGCUAGGAAAUCUGAAACCUUUGAAGAAGAUUCAACUGAGCAAGAAGCUGCUACCCGAAGGGAGAGGCUAAUGGCUCUCAGAACGGCAAAAGAACUAAGUAUGCCUGAUGACAGUUCAAACAUUAGUAAUGGCAAAGUUGUAGACACUGAUGAAGCUGAAGAAAAUAAAACUCCCAACAUGAAGUUCAGAAAUUACCUUCCUCAUGAUAAACUUCUUCAAGAGGGGAAAUUACCUCCAGUUGAUUUACCAAAGUUCGAAGAUCCGAUUGCCCCCGUACAAGAACCCUCUGAUAAAAUUGAGGAUCCUUUUCUGAAUAUUGCACCGAAGAAGCCAAACUGGGACCUGAGGAGAGACGUGCAAAAGAAGCUUGACAAGCUCGAGAGACGAACACAGAAAGCAUUAUAUGAGCUAAUGCUUGAGCAAGAGAAGGAGAAGGCAGCCAUGGAACUUGACAAUGCUGGAAAUGCAGAUUGACCAUUUGAAUUUUUUAGCGGUCUUCAUUACCUAUAACGGUCAGAUAUAUUUAAGAAUAGCAGUUAGUUAUGACGUGUUGUUGGUAGAGAUUGUUUUGUAAUUAAAACCUGCUAUUUUGCCCUUGGUGUUUCAAGUCUUGUAAAAUUUGGCAACUUCGAUUCCUCGUCUGAGGCCAACUUUUUUAUUCUAUAUGUUUAUUU